CCUAUUCUGUACAGACAGAUUAGUCCCACUAAGAAUAAAAUAAACAAACAAAAGAAUAAUAGUAUUCCUAUAAAACAAAUUACCCGAAAUUUGAAACCUAUAUUUGAUCAGUUGGAAAAAAGAAAUUAGCGGCACAGCUGUUUCUUCUACUCUACUCCAUUUUAGGGGAUUCUUGAAGUUACAAGUAUGAUUUACACGGCAAUAGACACAUUCUAUCUAGAAGAGGAGCAGCUUAUAAACUCCCCUUCUAGGAAAGAUGGAAUUGAUGAAGUUACGGAAACGACACUUAGAAUCUAUGGUUGUGAUCUGAUCCAAGAAAGUGGGAUUUUGCUCAGAUUACCCCAAGCUGUAAUGGCCACUGGUCAAGUAUUAUUUCAUCGCUUUUACUGCAAGAAAUCAUUUGCCCGUUUUAAUGUGAAGAGGGUUGCUGCUAGUUGUGUUUGGCUUGCAUCAAAACUCGAAGAAAGCCCGAGAAAAGCAAGGCAGGUGCUUAUUGUUUUCCACAGAAUGGAAUGUAGGAGAGAAAACUUACCUAUUGAACAUCUGGAUACAUCUUCGAAGAAAUAUAUUGAUUUGAAAGCAGACCUAAUCAGAACAGAGAGGCAUCUUUUGAAGGAGAUGGGUUUCAUCUGCCAUGUCGAGCAUCCUCAUAAAUUUAUAUCGAACUACCUCGCAGCUCUUGGAACACCUGCAGAAUUGAGACAAGAAGCUUGGAAUCUUGCUAAUGACAGUUUGCGCACAACACUCUGUGUAAGAUUCAAAAGUGAGGUUGUGGCCUGUGGAGUUGUAUAUGUUGCAGCCCGUAGAUUUCAAGUGCCCCUCCCAGAGAAUCCUCCUUGGUGGAAAGCAUUUGAUGCAGACAAGGCUGGUAUAGAUGAAGUUUGCAGAGUUCUCGCUCAUCUUUACAGUCUUUCAAAAGCACAAUACAUUCCUGUAUGCAAGGAAGGAGGCUCCUUUGCUACAUCAAACAGAUCAAGGGACUCGCCAUCACUUCCUGUAUCUAAGGAAGGUUCACUGAAUGAAGAUACUGGUACACCAGGAAACCAGGUAGUGGCUAAGGAGGCAGUAACAAAAGCUGCCCUUGAUAAGUUGAAGGACUCGAAAAAGAACGAUGAUGACUCUAAAAGCAUGCCUUCAGAAGGGGAGUCAAAAGAAGAGCCUGGAAAGGCUGACCAUAGAAUAGAUGCUGGUGGCGAAAAGAACAGGGAGCGAGAGAGGGACAGGGGCAGAGACAGGGAUAAGGAAAGACUAAAGUCUCGUGAACGUGAUAGGGGAAGGGAAUCUGACAGGGAAGGGGAGCGAGACGACUUUGAAAGGGACAGGGAAAAAUCCAAGGACAGGAGUCAUCGUUCAAGAGACAAAGGUCACUCAGAGAAACCAAAACAUCACUCUUCUCGAGAUCGUGAUUACCAGUCUUAUUCAUCACGGGAGAAGGAUCGUCGUAGACACCAUUAGCUUGGAACGGCCUAGAAAAUGUAACUCAACCAUUUCAAGUAGUUGCUUGCUCCAUUAAAGCUUCUUUUAAAUUACACGUCACGGAUUCGUCAGUCUGCAUAUAGAGGAUUUUAUUAAUUGGGGGAAAUGGUAAAUCCCCCAAUUAAAAUUGGACCCCUCAUCGUCCUGUUGAGCAACCUUAAAAAAUGUUCUGGCUUGAUGUUGCAGGUUACCAUGCCAAAUUUUUUUUCGUCUCUAUGGAGCGUAGCUGCAGUUAUUUGCAUAUAGCUGGGAGUGCCUUCCUGGUGAAACUGUACCGCACCUUGAUGCAUAUACCAGGGUCUCUUUAAUCGAGUCAUUGGUUUUAACUAUUUUUGUUUAGUUCCCUCUGAAUGAUUGACAUACCUUUGUUGUCCCAAUGUAUUGUGACUGCACUAACAUUUACUCCUUAACAACUGAAGCAAGAUUGUUAGCUUUCUGCA